AAUCGAACUCACACCCCUAAUUGAAAUCUUUCAUUGGAAAUGAAUUGAGUAUAUCCAAAAUGUUCCGGGGUUUGAAUUGUCGUUCUCCAAAAGUGAAAGCCAUGGAAUCCGAUCAUCUUCUCUUAUUUCUCUGCGGAAAAUCCUCGGCGGAGAAAGAUAUUGCUGAUUCUCUGUUUUCUAAUUCCAAUAAUAAUGGUCAAUUUCAAUUCUCCAAUACGAAUGCGAAUACAUCUCUUCGUCUUCAAUCUCACCUUCCCCGACCUACCAACGCAUCGUUUAAUGUGGACUCCUUCUUCACUUCUCUUUCUACUCGUCGUUUUGGACGCUUUCUCAUCUGGUCUCCUCGCUUGCCUUCUACUCACGACGUCGUUUCACAUAAUUUCAGUGAGCUUCCUGUUGGAUCAGUUUGUGUUGCUGAUGUUCAGUUCAAAGGCAAAGGAAGGUCAGCUAAUGUUUGGGAAUCUCCACCAGGUUGUCUUAUGUUUUCAUUUACACUACAGAUGGAGGAUGGACGAAUAGUGCCUUUAGUGCAAUAUAUUGCUUCUCUUGCACUUACAGAAGCUAUUAAAGAUCUUUGUUUUAACAAUGGCCUGCCUCAGUUGGGGGUUAAAAUUAAGUGGCCAAAUGACCUUUACCUAAAUGGCUUAAAGGUUGGUGGGGUACUCUGCACAUCCACUUAUAAAUCGAAGAAAUUCAAUAUCAGUGUGGGGAUUGGAUUAAAUGUGGAUAAUAAACAGCCGACGACUUGCUUGAAUGCAAGGUUGCAACAAAUAGCCUCUAUGUCCUGCCAACUACGCAAAGAAGACAUCUUGGCCUCCUUCUUUAACAAGUUUGAGAAUUUUUUUGACCAAUUUUUAAGCCAAGGUUUCAAACCUUUAGAGGAACUCUACUACCAGACUUGGUUGCACAGUGGACAAAGAGUUAUUGUACAGGAUACACGUGAAGGCCAAAUAGUGGAUAAUGCUGCUACUAUUCAGGGAUUGACAUCAUCGGGAUAUCUAUUGGCAAUUGGAGAUGAUGGUCAAAUGUGUGAACUUCAUCCAGAUGGCAAUAGCCUUGACUUCUUCAAAGGACUAGUCAGACACAAAUUGAGUUGAAGAGUGCUCUACCAUUCUUUUUCAUGUGCUAUUUAUGAGGCUGCAGGAGUGAGAUUGAGCUGGAAAGAGACUAAAAAAAGGACCAAUUGUUGUUUGGCAGAGUGAGUCAGCAGCCAAGAAUUGAAGAUAGAGAGAGAAAUCUCUGGAAUCAAAUCCUAAUCAUCUUUGUUGGGUAGUAUUAGCGUUUCAAUUUCAUCAAUCAAACAGAUCAACUAUUCAUAUCAA